AUGGCGUCCAGAGUUUUAAAAAACUAUUUAUCGAAGGUUGUUGGACGUGGCAGUCACUGUUAUCGGGCCUUGCAGUUUCACGGAUCUCCUCUUAACUUGAAAAAUUGCUGUCAGCAGGCGACACACCAAUAUUACACAAGGCUAGCCCGCACACAGGACCACGAGGCGAUAAUGAAUGUGAUGUGUGAUACUUACUUGAAGUGCGAACCUUCCAUAGUGAACAUCGGGCUUUCCGGGAUGGAACUUCCCACCCUAAACCUCAUGAUUCGCAAGGGGAUGAAAGAGGGCAUGACCAUUGUGGCAGUUCGUGGGGAUGACGAGGCUGUGAUCGGAGCCGCGGUAAAUACCGGGUCAUGUCCUUGGAAUCCUGAUCAUCUCCUGCGGUUUGCAAAGUGUUGCCAAUGCGGCCCCAUUCAGGAUCUUUUGACGUUCUACGCUUACGUGACAGCGACGCCACAGCUCUGGCAGAAGUACUGCAUCCUCAAGAUAUUCGAAUGCACUUACGUUACGGUCGCUAACGAGUAUCAGGGCAACGGGAUAGCGAAACGUUUAAUUCAGGACAGCUGGUAUCUUGCCAGAGACUGUGGCUACAGGUACACGGCCAAGGUGGCUGAUGGAUUCAGGUGGGAAUGCGUGUGGAGUUUACCGUUCGAUGAAUACAAGUGCAACGGCGAGGUAAUUUUCAAGCAUAUUCAAGAGCCGCACGGAAAGGUCGAUGUCUACGUGGACCAGGUCAGAUUUUGCAAGGACUAUUGCAGGCCGCAUCCAACCUGUAUUCCAAUCAGAUCAGUUGAUAUGUUGAAACGUAUCGGAGGCCAGUAA